AUGCAUCUCUCCUGGUUAUUCACCGUUCUUGCUUUAGCUGCUGCCGUCUAUGCUGCUGUCCUGCCUAAUGUCUUCACGCCCAAUCAACUGGCAGCCAGGGACAACGUUUGGUUGAAGAGAUGGUACGCCGCACCGACACUAACCACAACGAUCACGGUCACCGAAGUGGUCGCGUAUGUCCAAACCGUGGUAGAGCAAUUCCGGACGUGUUCUGGCCAACUUGCGACCAUCACAGAAACUCAAGCUGUGGUUCAGCUCCUCACCGAAACGCACACGACAAUUUCACAGCCUUUGUUAACCCUCGGCGGUUGUGACUGUAGUGGCAUUUCACAAAAUGUGGAAUUUACGAAUAUCUAUUCUCAAGUCUAUGUCGUUUUCCAGUCUAUGGUUCAAGUUAUCACCACAACAUGGCAAACUGAACUUUUUACAGGUCAGUAUCUUGGUAUUAUCUCCAUUUCAAGCAGUCCAAUUUCAAUUGUGGAGCUAAUACAAUCUUUUGGUAACGCAGACACGUGGUCCCUUUACUCGACUUACUUCACCAGUCUUACACAGACUAUAGAUACUUAUGGUAUCAAGACUGUAGAAGUGAUCCAAAAUGCUCGCGUCGAUAUCAGUGUUUUUGCUGGCGUUGGUAUUUACACUUGGGUAACAGUCGGAAGGACUUGA